ACUCCCAGCGACCUCUGCGCCGCGCAUGCGCAUCAGGCGGGUGCUCCUGGGGAGACUCUGGCGAUAGAUGUAUAGCGCUCCCGUGGCCGGUAUAUUAGCGGUACACGUAUUCCGGGCGGCAACCUAUACAGCGGGUAACGGAGGGAGGACCGGACUUCUCAGCAUUCCUGCCCCGGACUCCCCCCACACCCGCAGUGAGCCCGUCCAGUGAGCGCAGGCUGCCAGUACUAGGUGUGGGUGCUACCAUUCCCCUGGGGGGGUGUGCCGGCGUGUAGUGCGAUGAUAGGGACGCGUACCGGCGGGGCAGGGACACGGUGACAGUGACGGAUCGGUGUCCGGUGACAGACGGGUCUCUUCCUCUGCUCCGGAUCCCCGCACAGACCCCCGGUCCCGUCUCCCCCUCCCCCGGCACGGUGGUAGCGCCCAGUCGGCUUCCGGUGCGCUCGCGUUCUGGCGUUUCCGCUGCUUGUGCGGAGGGUGAGCGGCCUGGUGAGCGGAGAGCAGCGCGGGGACUGGCGGCGGGAGAUGCCCGCCCUGUGACCCGAUCACCCCACUGAUGGCCGCGGACCAGGACAAGCUGGACGGACUCACCAUCCCGGGCCGCAGAGCCAAAGCCGGCAUGCAGAUGAAGAGUCCUGAGAAGAAACGACGCAAGUCUAACACUCAGGUAUGGAGAACAGGGGGUUGGGAGGAGUCUCAGAGGAGAAUAAAGGGAUCGCUGACUGGCCAGUAUCAGAAGGGGCCUGCUUACUCUCAUCUCUCAGAGUUUGCUCCACCGCCUACCCCAAUGGUGGAUCAUCUUGUUGCCUCCAAUCCCUUUGAAGAUGACUUUGGAGCCCCUAAAGUCAGUGCCGCAGGCUCUCCCUUUAUGAACAACCCCGUGCCGUUUGGAAACUUCCGCAUGCAGGGCGGCAUGCCUCAUCAGGUGCCUCCUGGGUACCCAGGGGGCCCACAGCCUAUGAGACGUCAACCACCACACUUCCCUCCUAACCAGAUGGGCCCCGGGUUCGGCAUGCCUCAGAACCCAAAUUAUGUGCAGCCCGGGAAUAUGAACUUCUCUAACCAGCCUUUCAAUCAAGCCAUGGGACAGAGCUUCAGCCCGCCAGCUGGCCAGAUGAUGCAGGGACCUGUUGGAGGGUUUGGGCCUAUGAUUUCACCUACCAUGGGACAGCCCCCACGUGGGGAUAUGGGCCCCGGCCCCGUGUUACACUCUCCUGGCGGCCCGCCAUUCUCUCAGAGGUUUGGCUCGCCCGGUCACCCCUUUGGGCAGCCCACAAUGCAGAGACCCAGCCUCCCGCCCAACACCAGCCCUUUUGCUGGGGCGGAUCAGAGCUUUCCUUCAGGGGUGGAGGAUCACGGUAAAACUUUAAACCCUCCCAAUCCCGCCUUCAGCCAGGAUCAGCACGUUGGCUCUCCGUCUGCCGUCAAUGGCAACCAGCAAAACUUCACGCCAAAUAGCGCCGCGCGCGGGAACGCUAGCACUCCGGAGGUGAACAACAUCCCCCCGCCCAAUAAACCCACGGGGAACUCCGGCCACCAGCCCCCUCCAGGACUUGUUUAUCCGUGCGGAGCGUGUCGGAACGAGGUGAACGACGAUCAGGACGCCAUCUUAUGCGAGGCGUCUUGCCAGAAGUGGUUUCACCGUGAGUGCACAGGGAUGACUGAGAGCGCCUACAGCCUGCUGACGCGGGAGGCCUCCGCCGUGUGGGCUUGUGACUACUGCCUGAAAACGAAGGACAUUCAGUCUGUCUACAUUCGGGAGCCCAUGGGCCAGUUAGUGGCGGCCAAUGACGGCUGAUAUCAGUCGCUUAAAACUUUAGCAACUGGCACACUCGGAUGUGAUUGGGCUGCCGGGGGAAGAAGAGGGGGGGUGUUCAGCAGCUGGGAACCCGCAGGAACACUCUCCGCUGGUGUAUUCAGGAGGGAUGUAUUCUGCUGCACUCUCCCACCCUUCAUCUUGUCAUGCGGUUUGCUGGGGGAUCCCCCGUGGGGGGGUCUGAUGGGUUUUUUUUUUUUUUACUCAUUUUAUUCCAUACAGGUCAACUAAAGUGCUUUGCUUGUUUGUAUGUUUGUGUAUGAUUCUGUGCGCAGACCCCCGGAGCCUUCGCUGCCCGCCGUACAGCCGUGUCCUGGGGGUAUAGCGGUACAGCCGUGUCCUGGGGGUAUAGCGGUACAGCCGUGUCCUGGGGGUAUAGCGGUACAGCCGUGUCCUGGGGGUAUAGCGGUACAGCCGUGUCCUGGGGGUAUAGCGGUACAGCCGUGUCCUGGGGGUAUAAUGGUCAGAGCUGUCCCGCCUAUCAGACGGUUGGAGUGGGCUGUUACCUCUCUGGUCGGGGCAGAAUCAGAUAAUAGGUUAUACGAGACCAUAUAAUAUCGGCCUCCAUCAUCCAGAGUCAGGUGAGAUUACAAUACCCCAGACCCCUCCCCCCGCCCCGUUUUCCUGCCCCCCCCCCUCCCCCCCAACUCUUGAGCUCUGCCGAGUUUGCAUUCUACCUCAUUCUAAAAACCAUGCAACCCAGAGGUGUGCGGCUGCUGGGCGCUGUGCGGAGCGUGUCCGGCGCGUGUCCGAGCCUUCGUCCGUGUUCGUGAAACUGCUUCUGUGAUAUGAACUGUUACUUGGGCGACUUCUUGCCGCUUUGUAUCUGGACAGUGACCAUGCACUUAAUAAAGCCUGGGGGAGGUGUCCUUGCACACUAGGCGGGUGUGCAGUGCUAGCCCGUCAUAGUCAUGUGAUAGUAGCGCCCCCUUCUGAGCGUGUAUAGUACUUGUAUGAUGCGAAUAUGCUGGGACUGGGGGUCAUGUAACUUCCGCUGUGGAUGGAGCGCUGUCACAAUUAUACUCUGGUAUUGUUACAUUUCCAUCUUGAUAUAAAGCUAUAUAAUUAUA